AUGAGGGCGCAAUUGGCCCGCCAUGCUCGACGGGCCCUCAUCCAGCAAGUCCGAUCCCCGUCUUGCGCCGUCUACUCAGCUCCCCUCCGCCGAAGAUGUACACCUAGAACGAUCAACAAUGGCUACUCGAAACGAUUCUUCCUCGACGGCCUAUUCGCUAAAGCACCCCGAGACAUUCGUCAACCCGAAUUCGAGCCAGGAUGGCAAAAGAUUAUGAUAUGGAGGAGUCGCAUGCUCGACAACCUACGGCCUCCGCCAACACCAGAGCUCGUUCAAGCCUGGCAGUCUUUCUUUGAAGAAAAGCUUUCCAGCCGAAUGCCAUUGAACGGUACGCAGGCAAUGCAAUGCCACCGACUCCUCGGUUACCUUCUCAAAGAACGAGAAUUCCCCAGCCAAUCCAAAAUUGAGGGUCCUGAUCUUAUAAAAGCCCUCAAUGCUCUUGGUCGCCUGAGGCCUCGUGAACGGACUCAAGACCAUCUUGAAUUGGCCAGAAAUCUUUGGUCAGCCAUCAACUCCAGCGAGUUACACACAAAGCCGGACUGGACCGCUUCGGGUUCUCUAUGGUGCCAAUACAUCAGUGUGCUGUGCACGUUUGGUGGAUCUAAGGAAGCUCUCGAAAUGGUAUACGGCAACUGGGACAAGGUCUUGGAAUUUUGCAAGAAGAAGACGAAAAAUCCUAUAUUGUGGUUGGCUGAAGGGUUGGCACGAGAGGGCUACGAAGAGGAUCUGAUCAAGCUUGUCAAACAUGCCGAAAACAAUGGAUAUCCGUUUGAUACACAGAUUCAACGUGUGUUGGUCACUUUCUUUGCUCAGAGGAAUCGAAUCUCUGAGACGCAGUACUGGUUCGAGAAGCCACUGUCUGGAAGUCGCUCCAACCAUAUCAUACCCCUAAUUGCUACUUUUGCAUCCCGCAACGACUUGAAAGAAUGGGCGGUCCCCUAUUUCCUCGAAAUAGGUGACCAGCUCACCAACAAACCGGAAAAGCAUUAUUGGGAUAGCUUAUUGCAGGCAAUUGUUAUCGUCGGAAGAGGCUUGCCAGAAGUGGAAAACAUGAUGUCGCAAAUGGAAAGCUCCCAGAAGGUUUUCAAACCGGAUACAGCCACCAUAAACAGCCUCCUUCGGGCGGCCCUGGGCUUGAAGGACAUGGUGCUAGCUGAAGAGGUCCUCUCGCUUGCUGCAGACAAGGGUCUGCCACUUGAUGGUGAAUCUCACCUUAUUCUUAUGGAGAUGCGAAUCCAAGCGGAUUACAUACCAGGAGUUCAUGCAGCGUACAAAAAAGUAACACAUCAUGAGCCCUGGCACGUUCAGCCUGAUCUGUGGUGGGAUUUUAGUCGACUGGUGAACGGGUACUUGAUGACCCUCAGCUCACAGGCAACACCAAAUUUCAAAACUAUCGGUGAGAUUAUCGAGAUGUGUGAGGAGAACCAAGUACUUCUUGAGCCAGAGACGAUUUCUUCACUCUGCCUUAGAUUCUUGGAAAACGAGCAGCAUUUCGAGGUGAUGGACAUAUUAUCCGUUCACGCUUUUCAAUACAGUGCCACUGAGCGGGAGGUCAUUCAGGAUGCAUUUACCAAAUUUUGCAUUGAUGGCCAAACGAGCACUUCGCGAGCAUGGAACGGCUAUCAAAUUCUACGACAAUUCUUCCAAGAUCUCAGUUUUGACCAUCGCGUGAAGCUGAUGGAGGCUUUCUUUGAUCGAAAACGUCCAGAUAUGGCCGCCCAUGUAUUUGGCCACAUGCGGCAGCACCGGAAUAGCGACUAUCGCCCCAAGCGAGAGACGUAUAUCACGUUCUUUGAGAGGUUCUCACGAUGUCCAGAUGAAGAGUCGUUGGAAAUAGUCCACAACAUGCUCAAGAUGGACACAACAGUGGCGCCGAACACCAAACUUUACACUGCCCUCCUAUUAGCUUAUGCAGCUUGCAGCAAGGGUACCCAGGCGAUGGACUUUUGGCAAGCUAUCACGGCGUCCCAAGAAGGGCCCUCGUACGCCAGUUUGGAGGCUGUGUUUUGGGCUCUUGAGCGCACGCCGAACGGUUCAAGGCAAGCAAAUAUCAUCUGGAAACGGAUAGAAAGCAUGGAUGUGGACAUUCCGCCAUCGGUGUUCAACGCUUAUGUCGGGGCUAUUGCUGGUAGUGGAGAGGAAGAGAAGGCUGAGGAUACGAUUAUGCGCAUGGGCUUGGCGACGAAGGGUGAGCCUGAUGCAAUGACGCUUGGCAUUGCGUUCAACGCUCUUCCAGGACAGACACUACAAGCGAACUUCAAGAACUGGGCCCAGUCGCGGUAUCCUAAAGCAUGGGCCGAUCUGGAGUCCAAGGGCAAGCGACUCAACAAGGACUCGCUAUGCCAGUAUAGGCUCAACAGGAUAUUAACAGCCUGA